CUUGGGGAGGGGGGGUCUCCCUCGAGGCAGGAGAAGUGAUAGUCAAACAGGAGUGAGGGGAUGCCAGGGAUGGACUUCAAGUGAGGAGAAACGAGAGGAAAGGAAAUCAAGGUAAAGCAACAGCUAGGUUCCCCUCUGCGAGAAAGCCACCAUCAUGGCCAGCCUCCCCCAAGAACCGCCUCAGGACACUGCCAAACAGAGCUUCUGGAUGCCUGGGAAUUACGUACCAACGGUGCACAGAACCCAGCGGUCGUACCAGGCCUGCAACGACCUGGUGGCUUGCUUCGCGGAGAGGGCCCGGGUAGAAAAGCAGUACGCCCAGCAGCUCAGCCAGUGGAGCAGCAAGUGGAAAGCCGUCGUGGACUCUCGGCCGCUCUACGGCUCGCUGAUGACGGCCUGGCAGAGCUUCUUCACCUCCACCGAGCGCCUGUCCGCCCUCCACUCCUCCGUCUCGCAGUCUCUGGUGGCUGAAGAAGGCGUGCGGGUGAAGACCUGGCAGAGGGAGACCUUCCCCAAAAAACUCUUCUGCGGCUUCCGUGAAAGCCACGACAACGGCGGCAGUUUUUCACGAGCGCAGAAACCCUGGAACAAAAAGCUGACCAAGCUGGAGAAGGCCCGGACCGUGUACCACAAGUGCUGUCAGAAGGAGCAGAAUGCCUUGGACAAAGAGAAACAAGCCAACGACGCCGAAAAUUUGAGUCCGGAGAAAAAGCAGAAGGUGACGGAGGCCAGAGAGGUGGCCACGGUCGCUAAAGAAAAGGCUCGGGAGCGCUACGAGAAAAUCCUGGAGGACGUGACGAGCUACACGCCGCGCUACAUGGAGGAGAUGGAGGUGAUUUUUGAGCAGUCGCAGGAGGAGGAGCGGAAACGCAUCAGCUUCUUGAAGCAGGCCUUUCUGUCCAUCCACAGACACCUCGACAUCACCAACAACGAGAGUGUAAAGGAGGUUUACAAUGAACUUCACCAAACGCUGAUGGCCAUCAACGAGCAAGAGGACCUCAAAUGGUGGAAGAACAAUCACGGUCCUGGCAUGCUGACCAACUGGCCAAAGAUCCAGGAGUGGGUUCCAUCGGUGAAAAAGCUGAAAAGAAAGAAGAGAGUCCAGAAAGGCAAAGAAGGUCGUCCAGUGAUGAUCGGAGGCGUGAAGGUUCGAGCUCUGUACGACUACACGGGGGAAGAGGGGGAUGAGCUCUCCUUUAAAGCAGGUGAGGAAUUCUUGAAGGUGGAGGAGGAGGACGACCAGGGCUGGUGCCGCGGGGUCCUGAGCGGAGGGAAGGAGGGCUUCUACCCGGCCAAUUACGUGGAACUCGUCGAGUGACGUCACGCUUUCUAAACUAUUACGUGGCGCGUGCUCACACGCCAAUAGGUUUGGUUCAAAAUUCCCAUCGGAACGUCUUCUCUGUAUGCGCGUGUGUCACUGACGGGACUUAGCCGACUCACACCUCGUAAACAUUUGCCCUGGCACAAAUUUACAGUUGCGUGGUGCGUGUUCACAAGGCUUACGUUUACUGUACUCAGAUCAGGGUUUCCCAGGUUGUGGCCCAGGGCCCCAAAAUGGGCCAUUGGUCAAUUUUCAUUGGACAGCCAGUACAACUGAAAUGUAAAGGUUUUAAUGAACAUCAGUCAGGCAUGCUAUUUUCUUGGCAACUGGAUUUUUGAUUCGAGUUCUACCGAGAUCAUCAGUUUAUGUACAGUUUACGUCAAUGGUAAGGUACUUCAACGAUGUGUUUGAGUGCGUUCGGGUCGCACGAGGAAGCGAGUUUGGGUCUUGAGGUGAAAACAUUUGGGAAACCCUGACCUUGAGGAAACCUUUUCUAAAUAAAAGAAACAUGUAUUCAUAAAAAAACAAUUUAAAAAAACAUGCUUUCCAUCCACUCCAGCUUUUUUGACACAAGUGAAUAAAAUGCAGAAAAUGUGA